AUGAAGCUCCCUGACACGCGCCCCACCUCCAUCCAACUCCUCUCCGUCGGGUGACAGCCGCCAGACAGCCGCAAAGUCACUGUUUCUCUACUCUGCCGGGUGACAGCCGCCGGAGAUGAUUCGACGACCCAUUUCAUUGAUCUCUAGACUUCGUAAGGAGAUCUAAAGAUUGCCCACGUCGUCCUUGAUCUAAGGAGAGCCUUCGAGGCCGUGGACACUAUAUGACGAUCCUCCUAAAUGCUUAGGAUUUCGGUGCAUCGCCGACGCAUCACCGUCGCGAUGUCGGAACUCUAUUUUUUUGAAUCUAAAUAAAAGAUCACUUUUCCUGACAGGUUUCCCGAAGACUGAUGCUUCCAAGAAUAUUACUUCCAUUGCGUAGCUGGCCGAGAUUGGUAGAUGUUAUUUGGAUUCUUUACCUUCUCUGUGUAUUUCACCGGCGUCGUCGGGAAGGUUUCUCUUCUAUUUCUCUGUCAUGUAUUUUAUUUCCUGGUACAUCAAAUCCAUUGUUUGAUCAUUACAAAAAUGCGUAAGAAUGAUAGUUUCUCAUGAUGAUAUGGCAACAUUUAACACAUGGUAUCUUCAGCUCCUCACAGCAGUGCUCCUGGUCAAAGCCUACCUGCCCGCCGCCGCCACCGCCGCCGCCAGUGCUUGACCGGUAGCACUGCUUCGCCUUGGUGGAUCCCGCAUCCCAACCUUCAACAGAGGGAGAAAAUACGGAAGCAAAUUAAUGAGUUUAGGCAGCUGCAGAAAAUUGUCUUACAACCAUAACUAAUGAUGAUCACUUCAAUUCACAGUAUUAUUAAGCCAUCGGCAGUUGAUGCCACCAUUACUGCUCGUAGGAAUCAUCUAAUCUCAAAGGAAAACUGAUUUUGCACAGGUAUUACCAGGCCGAAGCCUCCUACGUGGUCAGUACGGGAGACACCUAUUUAACCAUCGCCAACAACAUCUUCCAGGGCCUCUCUACCUGCCAGGCGCUGAUAAACCAGAACAGGAGCUCCUCCCAGGGGUACCUCAUCGCCGGAAGCAGCAUCCCCGUCCCCCUGAGGUGCGCCUGCCCGACUCCGAACCAGGUCUCUAAUGGCGUCAGGUAUCUCCUAAGUUACCUGUUGAAGGAGGGGGACGAGGUGAACAUAAGCAUUGCGUACGGAGUGACCAGGGAGGAGGCCCUCGCCGCCAAUGGGCUCUCCUUCCGGGACACCAUCUACCCCUUCACCACUCUUCUCCUCCCUCUGAAGAACGAGCCCCGCAUCUCUCAGGAGACCAUCCCGCCGCCCCCGCCGCCGCCGCCGGAGCCCUCCGCCGCCGGCGGGAGCGGCUCCAACCGCACGAAAGUUUACGUGGGGGUUGGAGUUUCCAUCGGCACGGUCAUAAUCCUCUCACUUGGCGCCUUCUUUCUGAUCCACAAGAGGAAGGAGAAGAACAACAACAAAAAGGGAAGCAUCGUCACCGAGGACUCAACUGCGAAUCCACCAUCGGUGAUCCUCUCCUUGAUCCCUAACAUUUCCCUGAAAGUCUACGAGUUCCACCAACUGAACCAGGCAACGAAGGGCUUCUCCACCGAACGCCGGAUCGAGGGCUCCUCCGUCUACCGGGCGGAGCUGAGCGGCUCCCCCGCCGCCGUGAAGAGAAUGAACAGAGAUGUCUCCGGGGAGAUCAACAUCCUCAUGAAAAUCAACCACUUCAACAUCAUCUCCCUCUCCGGCUUCUGCUCCCACCUGGGCACCUGCUACCUCGUCUACGAGUACAUGGAGAACGGGUCUCUAAGGGACUGGAUCAUCCACAAGGACCGUUCCAAGGUCCUGCCAUGGAUUCAGAGGAUCAAGAUAGCUCUCGACGUGGCCAUUGGGCUCGAGCAUCUCCACGGCUACACAGAGCCGCCAUGCGUCCACAAGGACGUGAAGAGCAGCAACAUCCUCUUGGACGGAGACUUCCGGGCCAAGGUGGCCAACUUGGGGCACUUCAGGCCUGCGGCCGGCGGCGGCGAGUUCCCGCCGACGAGGCACAUCGUCGGCACCGUCGGCUACAUGGCGCCGGAGUACGCCGAGCACGGGUUCAUCUCCCCUUCGAUCGACGUUUACUCCUUUGGGGUGGUGAUGAUGGAGCUGGUCACCGGAAGGGACGCAGCGACGGCGGCGCCAGGAGGAGAGGAGAGCUUCGCGGCGGCGCUGACCUCCUUCCUCGGAGGAGGAGGAGGAGACCCACCUGAGGAGAUGAGGAGCUUCGUGGAUCCCUCGCUGGAAGGGGAGCACCCGCCAGCUCAGGUCCUGGCCAUGGCCCGGCUGGUCAACACUUGCUUAGAGGACGACCCAGCACGUCGGCCCGACAUGGGGAAAGUGGCACGCGUUCUCUCCGUCAUCUUGACUGAGUCGUUGACUUGGGCGGCGGCUCGGCCAGAAAAUCCAUUGAAAAUAUAG